GAACUUCAAGGGAACAAGAACAGAACCAAGGAUAGAAACAUUCUCACUUCACAGACACAGCUAAGCGGAGGAACUCCUGGAUCAUCACUGAGCGUAAGAGACUUGUGGAGAUAUUAGACCGUGGGCUCAAUCCUGCCUUAUGACUGUUCCUAGCCCCGAGUAAAAAUGAAGAAAUCUCUGAGCCUAUUAGCUGUACUCCUGGCUCUCUUGCAUGAAAUUUCAGCCACACAGCUCCAAUUGAACAACGGUGAAAUUCGUAACAAUCAGCUUCCUGCCAACAUUGGAAGUCCUGCUCUUCUCACCUGCGAAGUUGUUAACAACACGAAUGCUGAGAUCUUGAUGUGGUACCGAGGGUCCCAACAAGUGGACAUUAAGGCUGAAAACAAUGUCAAUGUCAGUCAUGUGUGCAUCCCAAACGUGACCUCUGAAGACAAUGGAGUGAGCUUUACCUGUCUAUUGAAGAGUGACAACUCCGUCAAGCUGUCCGUGCAACUGAAUGUCCCAUUUACUCCUGUUCUGUCUGGAGACACCAUCAUCAAUGGGGAAGAGGGCAAAACAGUCCAUAUCGCUUGUGGGUUCAAGGCCAACCCGGCUGCCGCAAUGUUUUGGAGAAAAAAUGAGAAGAUAUUCACAUUACCUGACCACUACAAGCAGGACAUGACCACUGACAGUCUGCAUCUCACGAUCGAAAAGGUGACAAAGAAAGAUUCCGCUAAUUACACAUGUGUAGCUUUGUCCAACGGCACUGAGACCACCAGAGUGUUUGAGCUGAUUGUUGGAGAUCGAAAGGAGGAACUUCCUGUAGAGGCAAUCGCAGCAGCUGUGGUGGUUGGGGCCCUUAUAAUCGCCUUCGCAAUUUUUGCACGGAGAGAUAAAAUAUUUAGAUGCAAGAAGGCAGAAGAUGAGACCGCCAUGUAGUGAUGUAUUAGAACAGACUGCUGGAUCUUUAUCAAGAGAAGCCAUUGAUUUCUAUAAGGACUCCAUGUCUGCUUUCAUUACUGCAAUUCCUUCUUUGCAAGAAACUUUCUUCAGGUUACAGCUGUUCUGCACUUACCCUUUAAACUCCACCCGAUGACAGACAUUGUAACCUUUCCACUGAUGCUCAGGAAUUGUUUUAUAGCAUUUCCUUCUUUGGGGUUGAGGCACAAUGGGGCUUUGAACUCAUCAGUCAGUAUAUUACCAUCAAACUAAUUCUGACUCAUGGACAUUACAAAACCAUCUCCACUCCUGGUGUAAUUCAUGAUUAUCGAUGUGGCAUUGUGAAAUUGCAGUGUAAUUGCCUAAGAUAGUCUAUAAAAUGCCGCUAUAUUACUUGCAUAGCGUCUUCUGAGUCUGAAUUUAAAGAGAACCUGUCACCAUUCCUGACAUGUCCGUUUUAGUUUCUACUUGCAUUCCCCAUGAAAAAAAUAACUAUUCUGGAGCAUCUAUUCUUAUAACUCUCUGUUGUGCUAUCCCUUUAUUAUUACUGCUAGAAAUUAUAAAUGAAUUGCAAACAGUCUACAGUGUAGGUCCAGAUGGGUGUUACCAGUUGGGGAUGUGCCCCUGCAGAGUUUGACACUGUCCAAUCAGUGCUGCCAGUGUCAGACUGUGCAGGUACACAUCUCCAACUGGUAAAAACCCAUCUGGACCCUCAUUGCAAACUGCUAGCAAUUCACUUGUUACUUCUAGGAGGAAUAAUAAAGGAUUGGCACAUACGAGUCGUAAGAGCAGGUGCUCCAGAAUUGUUAUUACAUGUUAAAGGCAAGUAGUU